AUGUCGGGCAUCGCGCCCUCCGCGGCGCGCGGCGCGACGCUCGGAGCCGCGCGCGCGCGCGCCCUCGCCCGCGACGGCGGUGGCGGCGACGCGUCGGCGAGAUUCUUUCCCACGCGUCGCCCGCGACUCUCCGGGAGGCGCGCCGUGCGGGUCCGCGCGGCGGACACGCCGGUGGUGCCCAAGAGAAAGGGUGAGAGGGUCAAGAUCGACCCGAACGCGGUGCUCCAGGUGCCGGCCAAGAACAUCCGCAACUUCUCCAUCAUCGCGCACAUCGACCACGGCAAGUCGACGCUCGCCGAUACCCUCAUCAGCCGGACCGGCACCGUCGCGGACAGGGACAUGGAGGCGCAGCUGCUCGACUCCAUGGACAUCGAGCGCGAGCGCGGCAUCACCAUCAAGCUCAACUCCGCGCGCAUGAACUACACCGCGCGGAACGGCGAGACGUACGUGUUGAACCUCAUCGACACCCCGGGUCACGUCGACUUUUCGUACGAGGUGUCGAGGAGCUUAGCCGCGUGCGAGGGGGCGCUGCUCGUCGUGGACGCGAGCCAAGGGGUGGAGGCGCAGACGGUCGCGAACGUCUACCUCGCCCUCGAGAACGACCUCGAGAUCAUCCCGGUGUUGAACAAGAUCGACCUUCCGGGCGCGGAACCGGAGCGCGUGUGCCGAGAGAUUGAGGACGUGCUGGGUCUGGACACCUCGCAAGCCGUGCAGGCCUCCGCCAAGGCCAACAUAGGGAUGGAGGACAUCCUGGAGCAGAUCGUGGAGCUCGUGCCGCCGCCGCCGGACACCGCGGACCAACCCCUGAGGGCGUUGAUAUUCGAUUCGUACUUUGACUCUUACCGCGGGGUGGUGUGCGUGUUUAGAGUCGUCGACGGCACCAUCAGCGUGGGCGACCAGGUCAAGCUCAUGAACACCGGGGCCCCGGCGACGGUGGACGAGGUGGGGAUCAUGCGGCCGAACAAGGUGCCGGUCACCACGCUGAGCGCGGGGGAGGUUGGGUACUUCAUCGGUAACAUCAAAUCCGUCGCGGAUGCGCGCGUGGGCGACACCAUCACCAGCGCCAAAAAACCGGCAAAGGAACCCCUGGAGGGGUACGCCGAGGCGACGCCCAUGGUGUACUGCGGGCUGUUCCCCACGGACAGCGACAGGUACGACGAUCUGCGCGAGGCGCUGGGUAAGCUGCAGAUCAACGACGCGGCGCUGUGCUACGAGCCGGAGCAAUCCUCCGCGAUGGGAUUCGGCUUUCGCUGCGGUUUCCUCGGUUUGCUGCACAUGGAAAUCGUGCAGGAGCGAUUGGAGCGCGAGUAUAACCUCGACCUCAUCACCACCGCCCCCAGCGUGGUGUACAAGGUGUACAUGAACGACGCGGAGCAGACGUGCGUGGACUGCGCCAACCCCGCGAGUCUUCCGGAUGCGGGAAAAAGGGACCGGAUCGAGGAACCGUACGUUAAUUUGGAGCUCAUCACCCCCGCGGACUACGUCGGGUCCCUGAUGGAGCUGUCCACGCAGCGGAGGGGCGAGUUCAUCGACAUGACCUACCUGUCCGAGGGGCGAACGUGUUUGAAGUACGAGAUCCCGCUCGGCGAGGUUGUGACGGAUUUCUUCGACGAGUUGAAGUCCAGGAGCAAGGGAUACGCGUCCAUGGAGUAUUCGUUUCUCGAGUACAGGAAAAACGACAUGGUCCGGCUGGACGUGAUGAUCAACGGCGAGCCCGCGGAGCCGCUCGCGUGCAUCGUGCACAAGGAUAAGGCGUACGCCAUGGGCCGCGGGUUGGUGGACAAGCUGAAGGAGCUGAUCCCGCGGCAGAUGUUCCGGAUCCCCAUCCAGGCGGCCAUCGGCGCCAAGAUCAUCGCGUCGACGUCAAUCAGCGCCAUGCGUAAGGAUGUCCUGGCCAAGUGCUACGGAGGAGACAUCUCGCGCAAGAAGAAGCUGCUGAAGAAGCAGGCGGCUGGUAAGAAGCGGAUGAAGCAGUUCGGGAAGGUUGAGGUGCCGCAGGAGGCUUUCAUGGCGGUGCUCAAGGUUGAUCAGAACGCGCCUAAUUGA